AUGGGGAUCCAAACUGGGUACCUGGAUCAAGUAGAUGGCUCUGCUCACUAUAAAACGGAUACAACUGCCCUACUGUGCAGUGUUACGGGCCCCAUAGAGCCGAAACCACGCCAAGAACUGCCAACUCGGAUGGCGUUAGAGGUAAUAGUAAGACCCGCACUGGGUGUGCCACUCACAAGAGAGGUGGAAAUUCAGGACAAACUUAACUCUAUACUAGGGUCCAUUAUCGUUGUUCACCGCUACCCUCGUCAGUUGUGCCAAAUUACAUUUCAAAUAUUAGAGUCAGGUGAGGACCCUCAUUUGUUCGACAGUAAAGAAUUGGUUGCCUGCGUGAACGCUGCAACUUUAGCGCUGAUUGAUGCAGGUAUAGCAAUGAACUCCCUUGCUAUUGGUUGUGUUAUUGCUGUCCUCCCUGAAUCAGACGGUAAGCACAUUAUAGACCCAACGGAUGAGCAACUGAGGAAUGCCAUAUCUGUCCAUUCAUUGGUAUUACAGUUAGUAGACGGCUCGAAAGUGGUGAACAAUGUACUGCUUUUGGACAGUUACGGCGAUUUCACCGAAAAAAUACUGUUCGAAGUCCUCGAAUUAGGUGAAAAGUAUAUUCUGAACAAGGCACAGGAUUUCAGAAAACUGAUCCAAGAGAGGAUAGAGGCGAGCAUCUUAAAAUGA